AGGAUCCUGUCUGUCCUCGACCUCUGCUACAUCUUUUGUCACCAUCCCCAAGUCCACCCUCAACUCCUUGACUAACAACAGAUCCGUCUCCUUCCUGGGACGUACUACACAGGUCCUUUUAAUGGUUCUUUUUGGUGGUGCAAAGGUUUUCAUCCUUACAGCAAUGUCCUAUGACCGCUACAUAGCCAUAUGCUGCACCUUGCGCUAUGACAUCAUCAUGGACCGAGAGGUUUGGGGGAAGAUGGCCGCCGCGUCCUGGCUCAGCGGGGGUCUCUACUCCCUGAUGCACAUGGCCGCCACCUUUUCCUCCCACUUUUGCAGCCCUCGCAUCAUCCACCAGUUCUUCCGUGAAGUCCCCCAGUUGCUCAAACUCAUGUGUCCUGGUGAGGCCCGAGCAGAGGUGAUGAAGAUGCCGACCAACCUCAGUUGAAGGGCCGCACAAAAGCCUUCUCCACCUGCCUGCCUCACCUCGCCAUGGUCUCUGUAUCUUUUAACGAGUUUGUUUGCCCAUCUGAAGCUACCCUCAUCCUCCCCAUGAACACUGGACCUGCUGGUGUCCGUGUUCUACACAGUGCU